AUGGAUAAUUAUGAAAUAACUGAUGAUUUUGAACGAUUUUGUCAUAUAGCACAACGUUCACCAAGAGAUAGUUUAGCACCAACAAUACAAAUAAUUGAACCAACUUAUCGUGGAAAUAAUAUAACACCUAUUAAUCAAUCAGAAUAUUUAUCAACAUUAAAUGUGGAAUCAUUAAAACGUGCAUCAAGUUUUAGAGAACCUAAACGACGUAAAUCAUUUCAACCAAGUAGUUUUAGUGGUGAAAUUAGUGCAACUAGAUCACCAAUUAGAUCUAGUCCACAAUGGGAUCCAUCAAAUGAAUUAAAUCAAUUUAAUUAUAGACAAAAACAACAACAACAACGUUCUCGUUAUUAUAAUAAUGAAUCAAAUGAUACAAAUGUUUUACGAACUAAUGAUAAUACACAAAGAUAUUGGCAAAAUUUAGAUACAAGUCGUGAAUCUUCAAGUCCUUAUUCAUGUUCUCCAGCAAUGUAUAGACUUGGUACUACUCGUGAUAGACCAGGAUCUAUGAAAGAAACUAGUUAUAAACGUACAAGAAGUCAAGAAAAACAUAAAUCAAGACCAUCGGCUCCAACAUUACAUCCAACAAAUCAUCCAUUCUCUCAAUAUUCACCUAGUCGUCAUUCAAUCAGUCAGACAGAUGAACAAAUGUUACGUGUUCGACGUUUUGAACGAAAUAAACAUGGUGAUGUUAUUAGUAAAGGUGAUCGAGAUGUUCCACAGAUAGAGAUAUUUGCAUCCAGGAGUCCAUCGGGUGAUUCACGAGGAUCAGUAGUUUAUCCACGAUCAAUACCUGAAAGUAGUCAAAAUCUCUCUGAAUCAUCAUUAAGUGAUGAAGUAAUUGAGAUCCCGGCAAUCACUACAAAUUUGGCUAGUUCACCAAGAGCUUCAAAUGAUGGUUUACUUAAAAUUUACAGUAAGCGUGCAAGUAGUCCAGUUAGAGGAUUUAUACCGGAGACUAGACUACGUUCUAAAUCAUGGGCAAUUGUAACAGAAAGUCCAGAUAAUUCACCUAAUAAAUUAGAAUCACCAUCUGGUGGUGAACUAUUUCUAGAUGAUCGUUUACUUCAAGUUCAAGUAAUUGGUACAGCCAGAGUUGGUAAGACAAGUAUGUGUAUGCAAUUUCAUACUUCAGAAUCAAUUGAAGAUCCUAAUGAUUCAAUUCAUGGUGAUGAACAAUUAAAUCCGGUAAGAGUUGAAAUUAACAACUUGAAAGCAAGUCUUGUAUUUAUGGAAACAGAUAUAAAUGUGGAAGAUACAGAUGAUGAACUUAACUCUGUGAUUGUUGAUACAGCCGAUGCUUAUCUUGUUAUAUACGCAGUUGAUGAUCGUGGUUCAUUUUAUACAGCAAGAAAAAUAAUCGGUUUGUUGUUAAGUCAAUGUAAACGUUCCAGUGCUAUAAUACUUGCAGCCAAUAAAUCUGAUUUAGUGAGAACACGAGUAGUAUCUAGUGAAGAUGGAAAGAAUUUAGCACAAAUCUAUUCAUGUAAUUAUUAUGAAAUAUCUACAUCCAUUAAUCAUCGUGUUGAUGAUUUAUUAGUUGGUAUAUUAAUUUCUAUUAAAGAACAACAAAAAAAUGUACAAAAAGAACGUGAACGAUUAGAUCGUAUGGUAAUAUUACAAAGAAAAGGAUCAAAUCAUUCACCGAAACAUAAAAAUUCUAUUACAGUAUUAAAAACACCAGCUAAUAAUGUUAUGAAAUUUUUUAGAAAACAUUUUACAAUAAAAAAAAAUGAACAAAAUUUAAUUUAAAUUAAAAAAAAAGUUUUAAAAAAAGAAAAAAAGAAAAAGAAAAAGAAAAACAACAACAACAAAAAAGAAAAGAAAAGAAACGAUAUGUGUGUGUGUGUGUGGGUGUGUAUUUCGAUGAAGUUUUAUUCUUUAAACUAGAUAAUUGAGUUGUGACGCUUCUUCUGAACGAUGCCAUCAUCAACAGAACACAUUGACAUCCCGAAGAAAAGCUAUAAGUUAUAUAUAUAUAUAUAUAUAGAAGAAAUUUGUACCCUUCUGAUGAUAUUUAAUCAGAAGAGAAUAAAUGAAAGUUUCACAACUCAUCUAUUCAGUUCAAAAAACAAAAACAAAACAUAAACAAAACUUUAUCAUACUCAUUCAAUUGAAUCAUGAAUCUUUAUUUCAAUAUACAUGUGUAUACAAUAAACGUACAUAUCUAUCAUUGCAC